GAACCAUUGUUAUUUUAGUUCUCGCAUUCGGUCACACUAUUUUCAAACGUAAACAAUUGAUUUUUCCUGCUAAAUAAAAGUUGUUGAAAAUGUCGGGAAUUGCUGCUAAAAAGAUUGCCGAGGCGGAGGACCUGGUGAAGCAGGCCGAGAAAAGCUUGAAGUUGUCCAUGCUGAAAUGGGUUCCUGAUUACGAUAGUGCUGCGGAUGAGUAUUCCAAAGCUGCCACUGCAUAUCGAAUAGCUAAAAGUUAUGAUAAGAGCAAGGAGUGCUUUCUGAAGGCCAUCGAUGCCUAUAAAAACAAUAAGUCUUGGUUCCAUGCAGCAAAGGCAUACGAGCAGAUCAUAUUGCUAUCUAAGGAUGCGGAUAAGCUACACGAAGUGGAGGAAUACGCCAACAAAUCUGCAAGUUUGUAUCAACAGCAUGGUUCCCCAGAGGCAGCCGCAUCCGCCUUGGAUAAAGCCGCAAAGUUAACUGAAUCCAAGCAUCCUGACAUGGCUUUGCGGUUUUAUCAGCAUGCUUUAGAAGUUAUAAUGAUCGAGGAUUCCGUCCGUCAAGCAGCCGAGUAUGCAUCAAAAGUGUCCAGGAUACUGGUCAAACUUAGGAGGUACGAUGAGGCCACAAAUGCGCUCAAAAAGGAGAUCAGCUUGAAUCAGCAAACGGAAUCAUACGGACAAAUUGGUCGCCUAGUUGUGGCCUUGGUGAUGGUCCAAUUGGCUCGCGGGGAUUCCGUGGAAGCCGAAAAGACCUUCAGGGAGUGGGGCAACUGCUGCGAGCCGGAAGAAGUGUCCACACUGCAAACGCUUUUACAAGCCUUCGAUGACGAGGAUCCCGAGUUAGCUGCUAGGAUGCUGGCAUCCCCAUUUAUCCGACAUAUGGACGUUGAGUACGCUAUUCUAUCCAAAAACAUUCCACUACCUCAGGGUAUACAGCUGGAGAAGAAGGCCGGCGACAAUGCUGUUGAAACCAACGACGCCGAGGACGAAGGUGGCUUGUGCUAAAUUUCUUAAUAUUCGGUCUGCUUGUUAGUCAAAAUAUAUUUAUCGUUAAUAAUAUCGCUUUUAACAUAUUAUAUUAACUGUUAAAUACAAAUUUCAUCGCAAUCGUUGUACUAAUUAAUAAAUACUAAGAGCUAUACAAUACAAAAAAGAA